AAAAGCAUUAUUUUGUCAUUUUUAAAAAUGACGUUCUGAACGUUUAACUGAAAGUAAAAGUAAUUUGUUGAAUAUUUUUCUUUUCACUAAGCUAAGUCUAUGAAACAGACUGAUCAAAUUUUCUAGUUUCUGCAUUCAAGCUUUAAAAAAGUGCAAUUUUUUCUUAUUAUUAUUUGCCAUAAAAUUAAAAAAUGUAAUCUUCAACGAUUGAAAUUUGGCGCCAAUCACUCCUACCGCAAUCUGUGUGCAGUUGCAUAGGUGGCGCUACAGAAAGGAGAGAAGAGAGUCCCGGUCAGUCAGAAUCUGACAUUAGUUUCUUUUCUCUUUGUUUCUCUCUUGAGAAUUUCGUUGAGAGAAACGGAGUUUAGUUAUCUAGCGGGUUUGCGCCGGAGCGCCAGCGUGACACUAAAAAGAGAAGGAGAUUAAGAGAGAGUGAGAAAGAUUUGUGCGAGAGUCUAAGGUGUGAGUGAAAUUUUCAGAGAGGAAAGGAGAGCGUUAGCUGCCGGAAUGUAGUAUAUAAUUGUGCUAACUCGAUAAAUACAUAACGAAUAAAAUAAUAUAAUCCUGUAGCCCAUAAUCGAAUCACAAUCAAGAGUUUUAUUAAACAGUUCAAAAUUUACGAAAAAAAGGAUCAGUGUUUUUUUUUUAUCUAAUUUUGCAAUAGGUUACAUCUGUACUCGUUCGUGUAAAACUUUAUCCUCCUCCUCCUGCACGAAAAUGGCUCUUCGUAAAGUGAAGGGCAACUUUGAACGAAUGUUUGACAAAAACCUGACAGAUCUAGUUCGAGGCAUUCGUAAUAAUAAAAAUAAUGAGGCUAAGUACAUCGCACAGUGUAUCGAAGAGAUCAAGCAGGAACUGCGACAGGAUAAUAUCGAUGUCAAGGCAAAUGCUGUUGCCAAGCUGACAUAUCUCCAAAUGUUGGGAUACGACAUAAGCUGGGCUGGCUUUAAUACUAUUGAAGUAAUGUCAUCUGGUAAAUUUACAUACAAAAGGAUUGGCUACUUGGCUGCGAGUCAGAGCUUCCAUAUGGAUACAGAGUUAUUAAUGCUCACGACGAACAUGAUACGAAAAGAUUUGAACAGCCAAAACCAAUACGACGCAGGUUUAGCAUUGAGCGGUCUCUCGUGUUUUAUAAGUCCAGAUUUAGCACGAGAUCUCGUAAACGAUAUAAUGACAUUAUUGACAUGCACAAAACCAUAUUUGAGAAAGAAAGCUGUGCUCAUGAUGUACAAAGUAUUUUUGCGUUUCCCGGAAGCUCUGAGGCCGGCGUUUCCACGUUUAAAAGAAAAAUUGGAGGAUCCUGAUAGCGGUGUGCAAUCGGCAGCGGUCAACGUAGUUUGCGAGCUGGCAAGGAAAAACCCGAGAAAUUAUCUCAGCCUCGCUCCGAUUUUCUUCAAACUCAUGACCACGUCGACGAACAAUUGGAUGCUCAUUAAAAUCAUCAAGCUGUUCGCAACGAUAACACUCAUUGAGCCAAAAUUGGGUCGUCAGUUAACGCAACCGCUCAUUGACUUGAUAUCAAGCACUUCCGCAAUGUCGCUACUUUACGAGUGCAUAAAUACCGUUAUAGCAGUUCUGAUAUCGAUAUCAUCAGGAAUGCCAAAUCACUCAGAUUCCAUUCAGCUUUGCGUACAAAAGCUGAGAAUACUAAUUGAGGAUUCCGAUCAGAAUUUAAAAUACCUCGGAUUGCUUGCGAUGUCGAAAAUUCUAAAGACUCAUCCUAAGAGCGUACAAGCUCAUAAGGAUCUUAUAAUGCAGUGCCUUGACGACAAAGACGAAAGUAUUAGAUUAAGAGCUCUUGAUUUGCUCUAUGGCAUGGUGUCGAAAAAGAAUCUUAUGGAAAUCGUCAGAAAAUUGAUGAUUCACAUGGACAAAGCCGAAGGAACCACCUAUCGCGAUGAACUGUUGUCAAAAAUUAUACAAAUAUGCUCUCAAAAUAAUUAUCAAUUUAUCACGUAUUUCGAAUGGUACAUAUCGAUAUUGGUUGACCUGACACGAAUGGAAGGUACGAAACACGGUCAAUUAGUAGCAACUCAAUUGUUGGACGUUGCAAUACGUGUGCAAGCGAUAAGAAGAUGUGCGGUGCAACAAUGUGCAGCGUUGUUGGAAAAUGCUCAACUUUUAACGGGUCAACCGCGAGCAACGAUGACCGAAGUAUUGUACGCAGCCGCAUGGAUAUGCGGUGAAUUUUCCAGCGAGCUCGAAGAUCCACUUUCGACUUUACGAGCAAUGUUAAAAUCACAAUCUUCCAGUUUACCCGGUCACAUACAAGCGGUUUAUGUACACAAUAUAUUGAAACUUGCUGCUACGACGUUGGCGAAAGCCCGCAGAGAAAAUGAUGAGGAUACGAUGAAGAUAAUAUUUGAAAUGAAAGAUUCCAUUGCUGAAUUCGUCAGAAGCGGCGAUCUUGAAGUUCAGGAAAGAUCGAGCUCCGCUCUUGUACUAUUUCAAUGCUUACAAGACAAUCCUGAACUCAUCGACGAAUUCGCUGAAACUUUUGUUGGCGAACUCAAUCCCGUUGCUCCAAAAGCUCAACGAAAGGUUCAAGUACCCGAUGGUUUGGAUCUGGACACUUGGAUCAACGAGCCACCAUCAGAGAGUUCUGACUCAGAAGAUUUAGACAUGAACGACAUUUUCGUGCGUGAUGAGAAAUCGACGGUUUACAGUGGUGGCAAGCGAGUAACAAUCGAGCCGACGGUUGAAGAAAUUCAGAAAAGGCGAGAAGUACGAAUAAUGGAACAAGAAAACAAUCCCCAUUAUCUCAAAGGCAAUAGCACGAAUCGAAGAAGUUCGAAUUCUUAUCACGAUAUUGGUAGUAAAAACGGCGAUGAUUUCGAAAAUAUUCCAAUCGCGGAGCUUGACAUACCGAUCUCUCUGAAAACAAACACAUUCUCGAAUUCAAAAAAACUUUGGGACGCGGAAAUCGAAAGCGGAAAGAAAAGGCGCAAAACACACAGCAAGAAAAAAUCGAAAAAAGACAAAAAAUCGAGCUCUGAAGACGAACAGGACGAUCGAUAUCCAGUCCAAGUAGUAAACACUGGAAUUGGAGAACUGCCACCCGGAGCUGAGCUUAGUGACAACGACGAUAACAAUGUGGCAGAUGCAAACGAUCCGCAUCGAGCCCUUAACGUCGAUUUGGACAUUCCUCUGCGCGACGACGAAAGACUUCCUGUUCUCGAACAUAGGCCACCGGGCUUUGAACGUACCAAGAAUAUUAUUGGCAGCGAGAACGAGAAGAGAGACAAGACUUCUAGAAAAACGAAGAAGAAAAGUAGGAGCCGCAAAAACGAAGAAAAAUUAGUGAAAGAAAGUAAAAAUCGUGACACGAUAGAUUUGUGGCUUGGCAAUGACACGACUACGCAUGAAAAGCCUGAGUCUUCAGGACCGGAGACUAUUAACGCGUCCGAAACAAAAAAACAUUCGAAGAGCAAACGCGUUAAAUCUAAGAAAAAGGAGAGAGCGGAGGGUGACGAAAAAUCGAAACAUCGUCGAAAGCAUAAAGAAUUGAUCGAUGUUAAACACGAGGAAAUAUCGGGCUACGAGGAAACAACAGGAAUCUCAACUCCAUCUGCUGAAAUAUUGCCAAAUUUGAACGACAGCCACGAAGGAUACGAGAAAAUGGAUGGCAGUCAAUCUGCUUACAAAAAAUUCAUCCGAAACGAAAGAAUAGAUAUUUCUUAUGAAUUAACAUCUGCGGAUUCGCAGGUUCUGAAUGGGCCUGGCAAAAUUGUUCUUACGAUGGAAUUGAAAAAUACGGGUAGUGAUACUUUGAGAAACUUGAGCGUCCAUGUACCCGACACUGCAACCCUUAAACUCGACGAAAAUUCUGGAAAAUCCUGUGGCCUUAAGGUUCUGCAACCAUCUUCAAGUGAAAUGAUAAAAUUAUCAUUCGAAGUGUAUGGCACGGUAUCACAAACCCUUCCGGGUAAUUUAUCCUACACUCUGGAUAAUUCUUUAGGAGAAAAUCUGGAAAAGUUGGAAUUUACAAUAAAAGUAACUAGCUGCGACUUUUUGAUCGCUCGCAUGGAUAUAAGAGACGCUUAUUCAUUGGACUCGAAUCGAAAGUCGCUGAGUUUCAAGAAACAACGAGAAAUACAUUAUUCUCGUGGAUUGGUGCCCGCUCUUGAUAUAAUAUGCAAUCAGUGUCAUCUCACCCUCGUUGAGAAAAUCGAAGGCGCAGCUACUUUGUAUGGGCGCUCUAUCGGAGGUCACCUCGUGUGCCUUUUAAUAAAAGAAAAAAACACGUCCAAUGAUCAACAAUCCUCUUUGAAGAUAGAGAGUACAGGAAACGACGGUUUAUAUUUAUCGGGUAUAAUGGAGGAUAUAGAAACUGCAUUGGGGACUGAAAGUGCGACGGAAAAAUUUAGAACACCGGAUUAUAGAAUCGUGACGGGAAUAAGAUGAGAAAACGUUGCAGCUUUAUUUUUUUAGUUCUAUAAUCAACAGUCAAUCUUUCAUGGAAGUGUUAAGAAAAUAUUGGAAAAAAAAAACAAAUUAUCAUUCACUUCUUGCUUUUGUUCAGUUAAAGAAUUAUUUUUUUCUAUUAUUUACGUACUGUCGUCGUUACGUUGUGCAUCGUACUAGUAUAAUACACUCGUAGGUUACGAAACACGAGCGAAUAUCGUGGAAACGCUGAACAAAAAGCAACGCGAUGAACCGUUGCUACGAAAAUUCAUGUCAACUUUCCCAAAGCACGAGCGUUUCCGUUGUUUUUAUUUUUUAUCAGCGCCGAAAGUGUUGAAUAAUUCAAUCGCGUAACGAUAUAUAUAUAAAUAUAUAUAAUCACAUCGAUCUGUCUGAGAAUUUUUCUAUCGAUAUCAAUUUCGUCUCGCGACAGCUCGCAAAAUCUACUUCUUGUUUAAUCCCUAUAAAGUUUAAUGAAAAUCAGAGAGAUCAUCAUUGUUUACGUUUAAAGUGUAUCUCGGAAAGACUUUAAAUAAAUUUCGGUGUAAAUAUGUUGAAAAGUA